CACAAGUGGUGCUUUAUCCACACCAUCCUGCUCUGGGUAAGAGGAAACCCUAAAGUCCCUUGGCUCAACCAGCUUCUCGUCUUCUUUCCCUCUCUUUUUACUCACACCGGUUGGACGUGUGUCCGCUCAGGACCAGAAUGGCAGCAUCCUCCGCACAGAAAACACACAGGCCCUGCAUAAUGCCGCCUUUUGCUUUGCUCCUCAUCGUUUCAUUUUUAAAUGCAGGAGUCAUGGCGCAGACAGACGAACCUGUGAAACAAGAAACAGCGGCGGCUGUGGGAUCGUCGAUAGUACGUGGAGACAUGGUCCAAAAGCCAUCACAAUUUCCUGCAAAUGAUGAUUCACAAGGUCAAAAGUUGGUAUAUCCUACUGAUGAACAAGGAACUCAAGCGUCUACAGCAGCUACAACUACACAGAAGCCGGGAGACAAUGAUUACAGUCAAACUGAAGCUACACAGAAGGCAUUUGGUGCAACAGAAUUUGUGGUACACACGGAAAUUCUAGAAUCAGAUACUCCAGCACCUUCAAGAGGUGACGGACCUAACAAUAAACCAAAGCCGGUGCCAAAGGAUGAUGUUAGAUGCGUGAGCAAAGAGGUUAUCGAAGACAGAAGUGCUGUCAGUCUGAAACUCAAGGCAUCCUCCAAUUGUGAGGAAUCUAAAGUGAAAAUUCAAAGCGUUCUACAAGAGCUAUGUAGUGAGGACUGUAAACUAGAGAUCUAUCAGGAAAACAACUCAGAUGAAAUCCUUGUGUCUGGGAAAUAUGUUGAAGAUGAUGUUACAGGCAUGGCUAACAAGUUCAACAACGACAACAUAAAAGACAAGACUGAUGUGAAGGAGGCUGUUCCUCGCUGGGGAAAGAACUCAAAGUUGGUACUGGUUUCCUUGCUGCUGACUGGCCUGUUGCUGGCUGCACUGCUGGUAGCUGGUUAUUACCUCAAGACGCACCGCAAGAACUCAAAAGGAGUCCGACUGGCCGAGUCUUUUCAGGUUGAUGAGGAGAACCAGGCCAAUACACUGGUGUCUGUUGCACCCCUGCCCCAGGAGCCAGUUGAUAAGCCCACUGUCAAUGGAGAGUCUCCUCCAGAAAAUGGGACCAACGCUACUCCCACUACCAAUGGACACUCUGCCACCCAGACCCCCGUGGCUGACACAGAGAUGUGAAUCACGACACCUUCAACCUCUUUUGCCAGUCAUCCUGUGGGACCCACUGGUCUCUCAUCCUCAGUGUGCAAAUUGAGAUAAAUUCAACAAUUUUUCUCUCCUCAAUCCAUGCCAUUCUGAAUGAUAACAACAACAACAACAAAGUCCCUGCUGACAACAUAAUGACAGCGGGGACUGUUCCUCCAAUGUGAAAAGUUUGGGAAUACUUACUUUUGCCAAAUUCAAGAGACGCUAUGCACGCUGACUGACUGGGAUUUGUCUUUUGACUUUAAUAUAGUUGAAACAAUCUUUGUAGGAUAGUCAAAUAAUGUCAUAUAUGUCAUAUAAUGUUGAUUCGUGACAAAGAAGCAGAAGAUGCUUUGUUAUUUCAACCAACAAUUGUGUUGCAGUGAAACAGUGAAGCCAGGCAGCUGAAUGGUGACCAGUUUUUAUACCGUUUGACUCGGCUAUAAAAAGGACUGACACUCUCCCAUCACUUUUUUUUGAAACACUUCUGUAUUUGCCAUAAACUAAAUGGUUUUAGCUUGAAUUGACUGAAUUGGCUGAAUUUUCUUUUUAAUACAAGUAAUUGUCAAACUGCAAUUUAAAAAAAAGAAGCCAUAUUUCCAUUUAUUACAGACACCAAAAAUCUGUUGACAUAACAUAAGCAUAGAUUAAAUAGCAAGAAUCAUGAUUUUUGGUAUCAUUGAGGUAUAAAAAUGUUAAUAAGCUAUUCAUGUCAGUAAAUGUCCGCUGAAAAUCACACAGUUGCCUCAGUGCUUUAGACUCUAGCCAAGUGAAAAGUUCAAAUUUUUUAACUGACCUCUGAUCAAAGUUGAAUUGUUUCAGAGAACAAAGUGCAUUUCUAUUUUUGUGGUUGCAUGGUUUUCACUAAUGUACAGAUUGUUUAAUUUUUCUUUUCAACAAAUCAAGAUCUUCUCUACUCUUACCACUGUCUCAGAACAUGAUGAAGCACAGCAGCAGGUCAAUUUUAUAGGGAAAAGUGGGAGGAAAACAAAUGACACAAUGACAAAUACAAUCAGUGUCAUUGGCACAUGUCAGUUCAGCAUUCCCAAGGCUGCUCUUAUCACCUUGUUGAUAGACACGUACACAUUUUGUGCUUCUCUUUUAAAUAACUGGCUUCUUUUUUUUGAUAUACUACACAUGUAAAUACGUUUGCUUUCUCUGUUAGUAGUGCCUGUGUCUGAUUUAUAAACUGUGAUUCUUGACAAUA